ACAAGGACUUUGGCUCGCCGACGCGCCUGCCCACCGCACACACAUGCUUCAACCAGCUCGACCUGCCCAUGUACGACUGCUUCGAGACCCUCAAGGCCAAUCUGCUGGUGGCCAUCUCCGAGUGCAGCACGGGCUUUGGCUUUGUGUAAGCAAGUUGCUGUUUCUUCCCCUUUUCCAUUGAAAUUCACAGUAUAUUUAGUUUCUUCGUAAUGCCGUCCGAGUUCUCCGAAUUGCCGACGCUCAGCGAGCUGGCCGAGCGCGCCCGCGCGCCGUCGAUUGAAAUGACGCAGCGCACCUGCCUGAACAUGUCGCAGUUCCGGGCGCACAUGAGGCUGUUGCGCAAGGUCGACGACAACAUCAUCCUGCGGCUCAACAACACCAACACGGCGUCCGACCAGGAGUGCCUGGCGUUCUUCCGUAUCUUGCAGACCGCGUUCAUGCGGCGAGCCCAGGACAUCGCCAUGUGCGCUGGCGAGGUCGACAGGGCCGUCCAGGCCAAGGAGGCCGAGCAGCAGCACGCGGGCAAGCGGAGAUCCGAGCUGUUUGCUCUGCGGGCCCAGGCCGCCUGGGUCGCGAGCGAGCGCUCGGUCGAGGACAUCGUGCGGCAGCGCAGCCUGGACGUGUUCAAGGCGCGGUGCCAGUUCUUUGAGCUGCCGAGCGAGUUUGUAGACUUCCUGGAUCAGACAUCGAAAUAAAAACAAAAGAAAAAGCCUGCUUACAAAAACUGCCGCAGCACAUCGGUCAGCGUGAUUACUGCAACCGGCCGCUCGCCCUCGUCCACCAGCCAGGCCCGGCGGCUGUUCAUCCGCAGCAGCCCGGCCAUGACCUGCCCCAGCGUGAACCGCUCGCUGACGAU